ACUGAAAAUGGCUCUUUACAGACAACUUUUACCCAUCUUGGACAGUGCUAGGUCAUUCUCCCACUGCUGGAGGCCAGAUCCACCCCAUCCCACCACAAACGGUGCUUCCCUUCCUCAUUCAGCUGUGCCCCACUUCAGGGAAUUUGGGCGUUUCAUCUUUACUCCAUCUGUACAUGUGUCAGAUGCUCUGAACUCAAUCUGUAAGAUAACGAGGCACUAGGCUGAGCUUGUCCUUAGGAUAUGCAGCAGCACACGAACAAAGUUAGCGAGCCGAGUCUCCUCAGCACCACCCUCGGCUCCGCCGUCCGCAGACCUGGAACCAUCCCUACAGCCUUGGGCUGGGAGCGCUAAAACACCCCAACACCCGGGAGCAGAAGAGGAAGGGCUCGUUUUCGGUUAUUUCGGUGUUCAAGGAAUACAGUGUGAGCCAUUUCACGUGGAACCGAAGCGGAGCGGGGCGGGCUGGCAGGGGGUGCUCGGCGGGGGGAGCCCCGCGGGCCUGGGCGGCGGCAGCGGCACCGCGCAGGUACCGCCGGGGAGGCACCGCCGCUGCCCCCGGACCGCGCCUGGACCCCCGGGCCCCCUCGGCGCCUCGGGCGGCCGCGAAGAUGGCGGAGGGUCCGCGCCCCGCUGUCCCCGCACUCACCUGUCAGACACGGCCGGGUCAGACACGGCGGGCGCGAAGGGGCAGGGCCGCGGGUGGCGCGGAGCAGGAGGACGGGGAGGAUGAGGACGGCGAGGAGGAGGAGAAGGGCGGGAGGGGCAGCGGCGGCAGCAGCAGCAACACCAACGAUCCCGACGCCGCUCGGGCAGGACGCGCCUCCCCGGUGCGGAGCCCUCAAGGCGACAUCCGGCGGAAGCGGCGCGGCCCCCGCUCCGGGCCGCGAUGGCGACGGGCAGGGGCUGGGGGAGCCUCCCGGGACAGGGAAUGGCACUGGGCCCGGGAGAGCCACCCGCUGGGGGAGCAGCCCGCGGGAUCGGGAAUGGCAGCGGGCAGGAGCUGCCCCGCCGCCGCCCCGCGGCUCAUCCCCGCUGACCCAGGUCAGCCCGGGGUCAGCUCAGUGCUGGUGUUUAAACAGCUCAGUUGUGUUUCAUCCCGACUGUCGCCUCUCGGGGAUUAUCUAGCUGCCUCAGAAGAGGUCUGUGAAAAGGCCAGAAGAACAUGUGCCUCAGUGAGGGCUGGAAAUAUUAAAUUUUCUUUUCAUGUGCUUGCCAGCUACAAGUCUGCCAGCAGUUCUUUUUUGUCUUCUUUUUCCUUUCUAUCCACUUCUGUGCAGUCAUGUCUUAAUUAAAGCUGUAUUAAACACCGACAAAAAUAGUGAUUUACCUAUUUACUAGCUUAUUUUUCAUUACUGGAGGUCAUUCUCCAAGAUAACCAGCCUAACUGGUUGAGCACUUCCCACAAUUGUAUCCUAUUCGCUUCUUCAAAGCCACCAAAAGGGAGCAAAAUGAAUAGCUAAAUGGCUUUAAGGAGUGGAAAAGAAGGGAGACUGAAGAAGAGAGACAGGCAAAAGAAAAGGGACAAGAGGUAGAACAGAGUUGCCUGGAGGAAGCCUGAACACAGCCUGACCAAAUGCCACCGUUUGAUGCUUUGAAUUCUUUCUCCAGAUGGUGCAGUUGCAGUGGCUCAGCCAUCUCAGCCAAGGCACAACUCAAGUCCUCAGCUGUUCAGUUCCUAACUAAAUAUUUUUCAAGCCUUAUUAUCCCUACUAAAAUUACUUUGCCCUAAUAUAACACUACUGUACCAUAACAGCUUUAGCUGUAACUGUGAAGGAAAAAACUGUCCAGUGAGAGCACAAGGACCCAUGUUUGAGAUUUCCCUGGGAAAACAUUUGGCAAAUUUGUUGUCCUCUGGAGCAGCUCUCUCUCUAGCAGCUGGGCAUAAUACAGAGAUGACCAUUUUUUUCCUGAAGAAAUGUAAAAUACUAAAUUAAACAAAGACAGGGGUUUAAAUAACUUUAUCCUUGGCAGAGGGUGCUUCACCUGAAAAUUAACAGGAAAUCCCAAAUAGCCUGGAAGUAUCCUACAUCUGUACAGAUGCCUUUGGUUUUUCAACGAGAAAAGAACAAGGAGUGGCCUGUUGUCACUCCAGCUCUGCUACUGGUUUGGUUUUGUUGUGGCAGUGCAAGAAUAGCAGGCACUCUGUAAUGUACAGGAGAAAGAGCAGAACAAAAGACUGCUUUUCACAAAUUACCUGUUUUAAAAAAAGAGACAAAGAUAGGAAUACAGGAGCCUGAGGAAACGGGAGGGGCAGUACCAGUCAGCAUCUCUUCAACAGCUAAGAAGCCUUCGUAAUAAGUAUUGUAAUAAGUUGAGUGAGAAAAGUUAGGUUGUCCUGGACAUCACCUUCCAGACGUACUUCUGAAUAACAGCUGAAUCUCCCAAAUUAACAUUUUCCAAAGCUGUAAAAGUAGCAGGAAAAAACAAAGCCUCCUAUCCAGAGUUCAAACCAAAAGUAAGAAAAACAAACAAACAAAAAGAUUUAAGAGGUCAAGCAUUACUUCUUCCUAUAGGAAUGCUUCUAAUAACUCCUUCCUAAAAGAGCCAUUUCCUAUAUCGUUAUUCAUUCACCUUAUGCUGUACAAAAACAUUUGGAAACUGUCCAUCAUAGCACUCUUUCCAUCACACUUGAGAUAGCAAACCUAAAUGCAAAUACAACAUCCUACUUAUAUAUUUAGCAUACAUGUAUUACAUUUUUACUACAAAGCCAUCUGUCUUCUCUGGAGCAAGCUGAAGCCAAUCCUCUUCCCUGAACCAGGUCGUUUAAGAGAGCAGAUUCAAGUGAACAACAGCAGAUUAGUUAAGAAUGGGAGGUAUUUACCUCCCAUUUUAGAUAACAUUCAGGUUGUUUGCUCUCCACCUAAGUGGAUCACUUAGACAAAUAUUUUCUGGAGAGCUAUGACUCCGAGGCAGGAGCAGACUUCCUAGAGGAAUUCUCCAGGGAGACGAGGAAAAAGGAUAGCUCUAUAGCUGAGAUGGGUGAACUGGAAGUCUUACAUAUCAGAGCAAGUGAACAGGAAGAUGAAAAAGAAGAAGGUUGGACAUGAAGUAUGGGAAAAAGCCCUUAAUAUUCCUAGGCAAAUCUGAAAACCGAGGACAAGCAUGUUUCAGGAGUCUGUGCAUUCUAGGCAGGGGUCAAAUACCAGGUUUGUUCAGAAUUUACUUCAUCCUGUGGUUCACCAUCUUCUUGUUUAACUUGCAGGAGAACUAAAAUGUUCUCCUCCAGUUUGAUGGAGGUUGCAUUUCCCUUUAUCUUCAUAGACAGCAAAAGUCUGUCACUGAUUUGCAGCUGGUUGGAUUUUCAGGUGAAAUUAAAGUCUUCCCAGUGGUGACAGGAAAGUUUUCCUCUUGUUUGUGGUGUUUGAAAAUAGUCAGCAGACUUCAGGAGAUGUGUAAAUUAAGUCUCAAAGGCAUUUAUAUGUCACUUCAGGCACUCUUCUGUUUAUGCGAGGUGGAGUAAAAGUUCUGAGGUUUCAGCGAGGUGCACUACAGAAAUCAGGCUGCUUUAUUUUCAACACAAAGAGCUUUGAAAGUACAGAGCAAGUCUGGAGGGGAGCGAGAUGAAAGAUGAGACAGGUGACAUAAAACACCUGAUCCUGAAAGUGUCUUCGGUUAAAGGCUUGGGAGGUCUCUCCCUUGUUUGUUUUGUGAAAAUGUUUGGGUUUGUCUCUGUCAUCCUUUGUGUCUCCUUCUUUGCCUCUCAUUAUCCAGAACUUGUCACUUGGUGCUCACCAGCCUUGCUGCAGUGAAGUGCUUUGUUUGUCUGGGCAAGACAGAAACUGUAGUUGUUUCUGACUGUCAGGUUCUAAAGUGCCUGUAUAGAAGUUCUCAAUAGCUAUUACUAGGAAAAUAAGAAUCUCUUUUCUCCAUGAUCUAUAAGGACUUUUUUUUUAUGUUUCCCUCUGCUGUGUAGCCUGAACACCACUGUGUACACCUGCUCAUUGGUGUGUGUCACACAUCCAUUUUUCGUCAUGUACAGACCCACCUCUGCCUCUCAGGGUAGAAGUAACUAUUCCAAAAGAGCUUCACUCACAGGAGAGCUGCUUGUUAACUCUGUUGUCUCCCUAUGAAAUGCUGGUUUGUAUGUCCAUAUUACUAGUUAUAUUUUUGAUGGAUUUGUGUAGCUUGUUUGGUUACAUUAGGAAAAUCAUAGAAGAAAAAACUACAGAUUUUUUUUAUCUGGAACAAUCAAAUGAGCAAGUAAUUGAUGUGGUAAAGGAUAUUCUCUUUAUUUCUACAAAGCUCAGUCUCCAAUUACUGUGUUUUCAUGCCAAACAGUGACUCAGCAAUAAGUAAUCUGUAAAGUAAUGAUAAGUAAAGUCAAUAAAAAGUAAUCUGUGUACAUUCCA